CGUCCGUCGCCGGGUGCCCGGGUCCAAGCCGAGGCCAGGACGCUUUCGCCCGCCUCGCACUCCAACUCCACUCGCUUUCUCCCCUCCCACCCGCUCGCUCGCCUUCCUCCCUCUCGUCACAGAUCUCCAUCCCACCGUCAAGGCGGCGCGGCGCGGAUCGGGCCGGCGCCGAGGGGGCUAAGGCCGUCGCAGCUCGCGUCCCAGCAGUGCGAAGAGAGAGCACGAGCGACCAGGAAUUGAGCAGGGGAUGGACGGCGGCGUCGGCGGCGGCUUGGGCGGGCUCCAUUGGACCGCGGAGGAGGCGUCGACGAUCGGGGGCAUCGCGACGGUGUCGCUGCUGCACUCGUUCAUCCCUACGCACUGGCUCCCCUUCUCCAUCGUCGCGCGCGCGCAGCGUUGGCCGCUCUCCCGCACCCUCCUCGUCACUGCAUUUGGAGGUGUUCUUCAUGUUGUUUCUACGGCUCUUCUCGGGAUAACUGCAGUUACUAUGGCAAACACUAUAGCUGGCGAAGAAACAGUGCACAAGCUUGCCUCUCUGUUGCUAGUUUUUCUUGGAGGAAGUUAUAUCCUGUUAUUUGUGUUAGGAAAAGGUGGUCACAGCCAUGCUCAUAAUCAUCCAAUGGAAAAGAUGGCAGUUGCUGGUCUUGUACUUGUGCCUGCACUAUCGCCAUGCGCAACAACCCUUCCAGUUUUUCUCGCAGUUGGCAACUCUUCCUCAAUGAUGAUUCUUGCGAUCAUUGUGCUCCUCUUCAGUACCAUCACAGUGAUGACAUCGUUGGUGGCCCUCUCAUUCUACGGCGCUAGCCAAAUCCAGUUUCACUGGGUGGAGCGCUACGACAAGAUGCUCGUCGGCACGGUGCUGUGCCUUGUCGGAGUCUUAACAUACGUGUUCCAUCAUCACGACGGCGAUGAGCACUCUCUCCAUGCACAUGUGCACAGGAAGCUCGUGGCUCCAUAGAUGGCUACAUAGCGAAUGAAGUUCCGCAUGUUUGUGUGGCAAAUUUGAUGUUGUUCCCUAACCGUCGUCGCAUCGUGGUUGCUGUACACAGAUGUGAUUAUUAAUCCAUCCAAAUUUAUCUGCCUUUCUGGCCUUGCUAGGAAUUCAGAUCAAGUGAAUAUAGCGGAAGCUGCGUGAACUUUGUAACCUUGUGGUGGUGAUGUACAGGUUCAUUCUGUGAUCUUAUCGGGACUCGGAAGUGUUUGAACUCAGAUUUUGUUUGGUGUUCUAAA